UGCCGGGAAAUUUGAAAAUUUGUUUUUAGAUAUUUUUUUAGUGAAUAUUUUAAUUGUUAAAGGGAAUUUUAUCUGAGAACGUACGCCAUCUAAUCAAAACCGUGACGUAAAAAAAUAAAUGGGAUGUUUGUGUCAGUUUACAAAUAAAGUAAAUAUAUUAUAUUAAUAAUUGAUAUAUUUUUUAUUACUUGUUAUUUAUUUGGUGAAAAAAAAAUGAGUUCGGGUUUUAUAUCAGAAGCUGAACUCGCUGAGCAGCGAAAAGCUAAGCAAGAGGAAUGGGAACGUGUGCGAACUGCUGAAGAACCACUUGAACGGCCGGAAGAAAAAUAUGACCCGAGGCCGCUGUAUGAUAAGUUGCAGGAACAAAAAACUAAACGAGAUCUUGAGUAUGAGGAAGCACACAAGCUCAAGAAUAUGAUAAAAGGGCUAGAUGAUGAUGAAGUCGAAUUUCUUGAUCUGGUUGACAGAAAGAAAUUAGAGGAAGAGCGUAAAAAAAAUGAAGAAGAAGCUCAAGAGCUACGUGAUUUCAAAGCACGUGUUGCUUCAUUGCAGGAUAAAAUGCAGGAAGAGCGAUUGAAGUCUGAGCUAAAGACUCCGCAGACUGGUAGCAAAAUUUCCGGUAGCAAACAUUCGCAAGUUAAAUUGCUGGCUGGUGUUGUUGUUAAAAAACCCGAGAAAUCGGGACAAUCAGGUCAAGGCACGAAGAGAAAACUAUCUGAAUCAGCUGAUGAUGAAAAAUCUUUGAAAAAAAGUCUUGAUGGUAAAGAGUUGGAGGAAAGUAAAAAACAAUCAGAAUCAGUGGCAACAAAAAGCCAGUACCCGGCAAGUGGGAUGAAGUGCAUUGGGAUUCUUCCGGGACUUGGAUCUUACAAUGACUCGAGUGACAGCGACUGCUCAUCGGAUUCAGAUACAGAGUACGGAAAUCCAGUCAAGUAUGAUUUGUUAGGCAGGAAAAUAGAAGUAAAUUCAGAGAAUAAGAGUUAGGGAUUAGGAAGUAGGAAAAUUUUUUAAUUUAAAUAUAAAUAAAUAAUAGAUUUAUAAUAAUCAAUCAAUUAAUUCUAGAUAUAAAAAUGAUCUUUAUUAAAAUAAGCGAUUGUAAAUGAAAUUAUUAUAAUUAAUGAUUUUUUAAA